CAAGAAAUUAUAAUCGACGGCGUCGCCACCCCACCUUCGUCCCUCAACCACCGCCAACCACAACCCACACAUACUCUCUCUCUACCAGCAGUCUCUCGCUCUCUCACUCACUCUCCCUCUCUCUCUCUCUCUCUCUCUCUCUCUCUCUCUCCAGAGAAAUAAGCGCUUCGCUAUAUUGAACACGCGACUCCGCCUCUCUCUCUGGUUCGCGACUUCGCCCUCUCUCUCGUUUGCGACUCCACCUCUUCUUCGUUCAACAUCGACUCCUCUUCUUCGAAUCUUGACCCAGAUGGAGGGCCGUUUUGCUGAUGAGCUCUACUCAGAAAGUUUACAGCUAUCAAAACUACAAUUGGAUCCUACAUCCAAUGCGAACAGUGAACAAAGUAAUUUGCAUGACCUUGAUAGGGUUGAGUUGUGUCAUGGAGAUGGUUCUUGUGAUGGUUUUUCUGAUGAAUUAGAUGAUACAUCUGAGGUGACAGGGGAAUGGAUGAAGAUAGAGGAGAAAACAAGAUAUAACCAACACCAUACGGUGGGUUACCGUGAGGGUGUUAUAGCAGGAAAAGAAGCUUCUUCGCAAGAGGGAUUCAAUAUCGGCUUUAAGCAAUCGGUCCUUGUUGGGUACAACUGGGGUCUUGUCAGAGGUGUUACAAGUGCUUUGGCUAACCUUCCAGAUGGUUUAAGGGAGAAGUUGAUUGGAACAGAAGACCAAAUAACUGGAUUGCAGGGAUUGUGUGAAUCUGUGCAUUCUCUUUCAACAACAGACGCCCUUAGAUUAUUUAAUGAUGAAAUCAUGGACAAAAAAGCUAGAGAACAGAGUGAGAAUGCUGACACCAGUUCCCUUGAAGCUGGUUUGCCAGAGCAAAUACCAGACCGUAGUGGUCUAAGAAAUCACUUUGCAGAACUACGUUCACUUCUACUUGAAUCUCCUGCAAUUAAAGUACAUCUAGAUAGGUAGGAAAUUAGUGUUCUAAUAUUUAUUUGAUAUUUGUAAUUAAAAGUCUGAAAAUUUUUGCUCCGCCACAAGCUGCCGGUCGUAUUCUGUCAUAGGAAUUAUACAUUUGAGAAACAUUGUCAAUUUCUUGACCAAGAAAAGAAAAAAAGAAACGUUGUCAAUUUGGUCUGUAAUGUUAUGUAUGAUCUUGUUGUGAAUCUUAUUAUGAGGGACGAUGAUGUGAGGAAUCCCAUCAUCAUUUUUGCCCUAUUUUUCUUGUUACAAUGUGAUAGUAAAACAGGCCAUUUCGGUAUAGAAGCAAUGUACAAUCUACUUUACAAUAGUUGUAGUAUGCAUGAGCUGCUUUAAAUAUGUUUUCUCCGUCAUUUUUGCUAACAUGGGCAU